CCAAUGCUUUCAUACGCAUCCUCCUCCUCAUGAGAACACCAUAAAUUAGUACGAUACAACAUCGGCGUCGCGAAAGUCCAUCUCUUGCACCAGUAUUUCGAAUCGUUCUAUAAUAAUGAAAUUUCUCUUCUUCCUAGCUACCUUUAUUCUUGCAAACCUCGCUUCAGCUUCUUCUUCAUUCUCAUUGGAAAAUAUGACCAUCAAACAGUAAGGAAAACACAAUUGAAGACUAGACGCAGAAUCCACGAUUGUUCGUUGCUUGCCGAAGCUCUUUCGGUUUCCUUUAUUUGCCCAGUUCGUUCUGUUGUCAACAUUCGAUGAUGCAUUUAUCAAGAACGCAGUCCGAAACAAGAACAUAAUUGACGACAAUGAUGACGGUGGCAUUGACAGCAACGACGACAGACUUUUCAGACGCGCCCUGACACAAACGCAAUCUUUCUCUUCUCUCGCUGCUGCUGCUGCUGUUGCCACAACCCCUGGUGCUGUCAAACAAUGCCGCCAAUAUUCUAGCGUCUUGGUUCCCAUCGUUAUGGAGGCAGAAGCCACUCCCUUUGUAGAACACCUGGAGUUGACACAGGUCGAAGACUUUUUCCCUUCCCACACGCCGUUUCUCGCGUUUUCAGGAACACACAGCGAAACAAAGGUGACCGUGAUCACCAUGGGAAAGGACAACGUAUACGAUACCGGGGUCGACAACGUUGGAACAGUCCCCGCCAGCCUGGCCACCUUUCUAGCCGUCGAAAAAAUGGCCGCCGAGGGAUCCCCGGUCCAGCUUAUUCUGAACGGCGGAACCUGCGGUGGAUUCAAGCGCAAGGGCGGAGCCAUCGGUGACGUUUUCUUGACGACGGGGGUUGCGAACCAUGACCGGCGCAUCGGGAUCCCGGGAUUUGACAAGUACGGAAUCGGGACCCUCGAAACGACCAUUGAUCCCACCAAAAUUGCGGAAGAACUCGGCUACAAGACGGGCAUCUGCACGACGGGAAACUCCCUUGACAAGACCGACAAGGACGACGAGUACAUGAUGGAAAACGAUGCGAGUGUCAAGGACAUGGAGGCAGCGGCCAUUGCAUGGGUAGCCAAAAUGCAAAACCUACCGUACAUGGGCGUCAAGGUCAUUACCGAUAUUGUCGAUGGGGGCGUACCGAGCCAUGAAGAAUUCAUGGAGAACUUGAUGAGUGCCGCAAAGAGCUUGCAAGAUGCGUUGCCAAAGGUCGUGGAUUACAUUUGCAAUCACAACCAAAUGGAUGUCAAAGAAGAACUUUGAGGAUCAAAUGAAUGACUUCGAAACAAUUAAUUUGUUAAUAUCUA